AUGAAGCAUGGUUCGGACGAAAUGAAAACGAGUGCUAGUCAGAUGAAUGGUAAUCGCAAGGGACAUCGAAGAUACUUUAAAGACGUUGAUAUAUUUUGGCAGAAAGUUGAGAGACGCUAUGCUGAGUUGAAGGCCUCUACUUCCAUAAUGCACGAUACCACAAAAGUUUUCAAAAAUUCUAUUAUAAAUGUCAAUUCCUCCAUGGAGAAUGUUAAUAAUACAAUGCAAAAAUACAGUGAAGAACUUGAGAGAGUCCAGAAUGCCUUAGGAAAGAGACAAAAUUCUGAAGAUUAUAAGGAAAAUCGAAUUUCAAAAAGGCAUCAAAACAUAUUGACUGUACCACCAUAUGAAGAUGAAAGCAUUUUCAUUGGAUCAACUAAGGGAGAUCUACUUGGACCACAAUCUUCUGCAAUUGAUGAUGCAACAGAUGAGUAUAGUAUAUCAAUGCCACCCACCAAAAAGGUAGCAACACAACCAGCUCUUCAAGACAAAAGCAACAUGAUAGAUAACGCAAUGAUAGAUGACAAUAAUGGGUUGGACAAGUGGGCAAAGGAAACUCUUCAGCGUAAUGGAGAAUGGCUUGUUGGCAAUAAAAAGGUGAAUGUACAUGAUUUGCUGGUACUGUGGCAGAAUGAAAAAAAACGUCCACACAAUGAUCUUGCAUGUUACGAUAUAAUUGAUAUUACACCAGGAACCAACAGUGAUUUUGUUAAAAAUCGGCCAAAAGAUGAACUAGAAGAAAUGAAGAAAUAUGGAUCACCAGUACCUGAUAUUGAUAAUAGUGAUAUCAAGGAAUUAAUCAUGAAAAUGGUCAAGGAAUCUGAUUACCAAAAGGCUGUAGAGGACAGUUAUUUAUUGACGAGAAAUGAUGAUAGAAAAAAGUUUAUGUGGGACUUUGCAUAUCAUCUUGCCAAUUCCUUUGACCGCGGAAAUGAUCUUCUUAAUGAAAAUUUAUCAGAACGAAUGUAUCGUGAAGUCUUUUUAACACCAUUAAUGCGAAGCUUAUUUCAAAAAACACAUAAAGAUAUGGAUGUUUCUUUUGGUGAGAUAUCCUUGUUUGCAUCAGCAGAAGAUUAUGAUCUAACAAAAAGUGAUGAAGAGGAACGCAGUAGUGGACGAAAAAUUGAUAUUAUUUGGACAACGAUGCCAAAGCUUGAAUUUGCUAUUGGUGAAGUUAGUGGUCCUCCUAACCAACGCCAACAUCCACACUUUUUUGGAGAUAAGCUCAAGAUUGCCAAAAUGUUAAAAGUAAUGUUGAAUAGGAUAGUGCGAAUGUAUGGUGGUAUUGGUGAUAGCUUAAGUUUACUGAAGCUAUAUGGCUUACAAAUUUAUAAUCAUACUGCAUUUGUCUACGAAAUGACUGUGCCAUAUAAAGGAUUAUAUCUGUAUAGAGAAGUUCUACGUUUCCAAUUACCAACAAAUCAUAUUAAUGUAGUAUUGUUGUGUCGAUGUGUGCCAAUGUUUCUUCUGUUUAAGGAAAUGCUUAAUCAGAGCUUAAAUAAUUUGAAUACUUAUAUAAAAGAAGCAGGUCUCCGUACACCAACUGAAAACAAUGCUCAAGGGUCCAAUGGAAAAGAUAUCAAGAAUACUGAACUUCAGUCGAAAUAUUCAGGCUGA